CUCACAGCUGCGUCGAGUGGACUAAUCAAAGAAGAAUACAUCCCUGAUUGUAUACAGAUGGACCUUCCGCCUGGUAUGCCUCUGUCCGACCACCAAGCAGCUCCAGACCACUAUAGUCCCCUUCUGCCCCCUUCUGAACCCCAUGGCCCCCCACCUGUUACCAGAUACUCUAACCUGGCUGUGUCACCCAAAGUGCCUGCCUCUGGCUCCAUGCUGCCACUGCAGGGCAGUCAUGGUGAUGGCUGUCUCCAAACUCCAUCUCCACAGGCUCAAGUCAUUCAACAACGACCUCAAAGCCCACCCCAGGUUUCCUCUCAGCAGCAGGCUGCCCAGCAUCCCUCGCAGCACACCCACUCACAGCAACCCCCUCUACCUCCCUCUCAUUUGAAUAGACAGAACGGAUACAGCAGCAAUACGCAGUCUCAGACUCAGCCUUCAUUCCACACUGUUUGGACAGGCAGUAGCACGGCCUCCUACACUCCCAUUGGACCCCAGCAGGAAGGGCGCGGUCACCAACAGCCUCCUCUGCAUCUUCCAAACCAUCACUGUAAGAAAUGCUUCGCAAUGUGUCCCUGCUCUGAUCAUGCAGGACCAGAGUUUUGGUGCUCUGUCUCCUACUUUGAAAUGGACGUUCAGGUGGGGGAGAUGUUCAAGGUGCCUUCCAGCUGCCCGAUAGUGACUGUGGAUGGUUAUGUCGACCCGUCAGGAGGUGAUCGCUUCUGCCUCGGCCAGCUGAGUAACGUCCAUCGCACAGAUGCAAGUGAGAGAGCCAGGCUACACAUAGGCAAAGGUGUGCAGCUGGAGUGUCGUGGUGAGGGGGAUGUGUGGAUGCGCUGUAUGAGCGACCAUGCUGUGUUUGUACAGAGCUACUACCUCGAUCGGGAAGCGGGCCGGGCACCAGGUGAUGCUGUGCACAAGAUCUACCCUGGAGCCUACAUCAAGGUGUUCGACCUACGGCAGUGCCACAGACAGAUGCAGCAGCAGGCCGCCACGGCUCAAGCUGCAGCUGCUGCACAGGCGGCCGCCGUCUCAGGAAACAUUCCUGGUCCAGGCAGCGUCGGAGGGAUUGCACCUGCAGUUAGUCUCUCUGCAGCAGCAGGCAUUGGUGUCGAUGACCUGAGGCGACUCUGUAUCUUGCGGCUCAGCUUCGUGAAAGGCUGGGGGCCGGACUACCCCCGUCAGAGCAUCAAACACACUCCCUGCUGGGUGGAGGUCCACCUGCACCGCGCCCUGCAGCUUCUGGAUGAGGUGUUGCACACUAUGCCACUGACUGACCCGGGGCCGGCCAAUUGAGAGCCCUCAGCAGUCCGGAUUCUUUGAAUGUGCACACAUCAGACACACGGUUGCUUCUUUGUUUCUUCUUCUAAAGGAUUUCUCCAGCAAGUCAGUCAGAAACCAUCAACAACCAAUCAUGCUUGUAGCAAUCACUCAUGCUUUUUGAAACGCACACACACACUGUAACCAAAAGGUCUGUCCAGACACACAUGUGCUGAUGUCUUUGGGAUUUUCCUAACGCUUUAGUCCUAAGAAUCUAAAGUCAAGGCAGGCGACAUUCGAACCCACCAGUAGAGAAAUCCAGGGAUUUGUUUCAGAUAUUCAAUUCUCCGAUAUGCAAGUUGGAUUUCUUCUUGUAGGAGUGUUCUGCACAUUCACUCAUGGAAUAUAAACAGAUGUUUAAAAAUCCAGCACCUCAGACAGGAAACUGCAUACCUCUGGAAAAUGCUGAACACAUUACACUUCUUUAUGUCUCAUUGACGUCAGAGCUGUAGAAGUAUGGAUUAAGGAGACCGGUGUUGUUCCAUCUGCUCUUCACUCUACGUUGGUUUAUAUUAUUACUAUAUUAUUUUUGUACCAAAAGACGAAAAAGCCCAAAACAUUUAGCUUUAACGCCGUGUUGUUGUACUUUGUAAUGAAACAGUGCUACUCUGUAUGUAACCAAAUGGUUGAUAUAACUCAUGAAAGCCAGAUUACCUCAUAAGUACAGUGCAGAGUCACAGCUGGAGUCGGUCUGUGACUCGGUACCAAAACUAACAGGUCGGCCGAUCAGAUCCUGACGGCAACAUUUAGUUUCACGGCAGAGUGAAUCGUAAGACGCGACUAACUUCUCCCACGCAGAGACAGAAACCCAGACAGUGUUUGCAUGGUCAGACUCAGCAUCC